AUGAAUAAAAAACGAGAUCAGUUUGAACACUUUUGGAAUAAGACUCAAAACAUUCGCUUAGAACAUGAAAGAAAGAGAAAUAGCAUUUAUAAUGCGACAGAGAGACCUUCUAUCGUCGAUUAUACGCCGAAAUUUUUGAUAUUUUACAACAACUCUCGAUUUCGAAACUUUAAUGAAUUAAAAUUUGUUGAAUUGUGCAAUUUUAAUAUUAGUAACUACGAUUCAUCAAAAUUUCCAUCGGAAGCUUUUAAUUCACUAAAAUUAAAGUAUGGAAAUUUUUUCUAUAUUCCAGAAUUAGAGUUCCAGUUAAGUGUUGUUUCUGAAACAACUGAAGUUAAUGAUAAAAAGACGCCCAUCAAUGUGUCAAAUUUUUUUAUAACAACUGGUUUAAAUAAGUCUCUUUGUGAAGUCGUCAAGUUGUGUGAAUUAGUACUAACCAUCCUAGCCACAAAAGGUUUAGAAUGUUUAGAAUGUUUGGAAUGUUUAGAAUGUUUAGAAUGUUUAGAAUGUUUAGAAUGUUUAAAAUGUUUAGAAUGUUUAGAAUGUUUAAAAUGUUUAGAAUGUUUAGAAUGUUUAGAAUGUUUAGAAUGUUUAGAAUGUUUAGAAUGUUUAGAAUGUUUAGAAUGUUUAGAAUGUUUAGAAUGUUUAGAAUGUUUAGAAUGUUUAGAAUGUUUAGAAUGUUUAGAAUGUUUAGAAUGUUUAGAAUGUUUAGAAUGUUUAGAAUGUUUAGAAUGUUUAGAAUGUUUAGAAUGUUUAGAAUGUUUAGAAUGUUUAGAAUGUUUAGAAUGUUUAGAAUGUUUAGAAUGUUUAGAAUGUUUAGAAUGUUUAGAAUGUUUAGAAUGUUUAGAAUGUUUAGAAUGUUUAGAAUGUUUAGAACGUUUAGAAUGUUUAGAACAAUGUUUAGAAUGUUUAGAAUGUUUAGAAUGUUUAGAAUGUUUAGAAUGUUUAGAAUGUUUAGAAUGUUUAGAAUGUUUAGAAUGUUUAGAAUGUUUAGAAUGUUUAGAAUGUUUAGAAUGUUUAGAAUGUUUAGAAUGUUUAGAAUGUUUAGAAUGUUUAGAAUGUUUAGAAGGUUUAGAACGUUUAGAACGUUUAGAACGUUUAGAACGUUUAGAACGUUUAGAAUGUUUAGAAUGUUUAGAAUGUUUAGAAUGUUUAGAAUAUUUAGAAUGUUUAGACUGUUUAGAAUGUUUAGAAUGUUUAGAAUGUUUAGAAUGUUUAGAAUGUUUAGAAUGUGUAGAAUGUUUAGAAUGUUUAGAAUGUUUAGAAUGUUUAGAAUGUUUAGAAUGUUUAGAAUGUUUAGAAUGUUUAGAAUGUUUAGAAUGUUUAGAAUGUUUAGAAUGUUUAGAAUGUUUAGAAUGUUUAGAAUGUUUAGAAUGUUUAAAAUGUUUAGAAUGUUUAGAAUGUUUAGAAUGUUUAGAAUGUUUAGAAUGUUUAGAAUGUUUAGAAUGUUUAGAAUGUUUAGAAUGUUUAGAAUGUUUAGAAUGUUUAGAAUGUUUAGAAUGUUUAGAAUGUUUAGAAUGUUUAGAAUGUUUAGAAUGUUUAGAAUGUUUAGAAUGUUUAGAAUGUUUAGAAUGUUUAGAAUGUUUAGAAUGUUUAGAAUGUUUAGAAUGUUUAGAAUGUUUAGAAUGUUUAGAAUGUUUAGAAUGUUUAGAAUGUUUAGAAUGUUUAGAAUGUUUAGAAUGUUUAGAAUGUCUAGAAUGUUUAGAAUGUUUGUUUAGAAUGUUUAAUGUUUGUUUAGAAGAAUGUUUAGAAUGUUUAGAAUGUUUAGAAUGUUUAGAAUGUUUAGAAUGUUUAAAAUGUUUAGAAUGUUUAGAAUGUUUAGAAUGUUUAGAAUGUUUAGAAUGUUUAGAAUGUUUAGAAUGUUUAGAAUGUUUAGAAUGUUUAGAAUGUUUAGAAUGUUUAGAAUGUUUAGAAUGUUUAGAAUGUUUAGAAUGUUUAGAAUGUUUAGAAUGUUUAGAAUGUUUAGAAUGUUUAGAAUGUUUAGAAUGUUUAGAAUGUUUGUUUAGAAUUUUAGAAUGUUUAGAAUGUUUAGAAUGUUUAGAAAGUUUAGAAUGUUUAGAAUGUUUAGAAUGUUUAGAAUGUUUAGAAUGUUUAGAAUGUUUAGAAUGUUUAGAAUGUUUAGAAUAUUUAGAAUAUUUAGAAUGUUUAGAAUGUUUAGAAUGUUUAGUAUGUUUAGAAUGUUUAGAAUGUUUAGAAUGUUUAGAAUGUUUAGAAUGUUUAGAAUGUUUAGAAUGUUUAGAAUGUUUAGAAUGUUUAGAAUAUUUAGAAUGUUUAGAAUGUUUAAAUUGUUUAGAAUGUUUAGAAUGUUUAGAAUGUUUAGAAUGUUUAGAAUGUUUAAAAUGUUUAGAAUGUUUAGAAUGUUUAGAAUGUUUAGAAUGUUUAGAAUGUUUAGAAUAUUUAGAAUAUUUAGAAUGUUUAGAAUGUUUAGAAUGUUUAGAAUGUUUAAAUGUUUGUUUAGAAUGUUUAGAAUGUUUAGAAUGUUUAGAAUGUUUAGAAUGUUUAGAAUGUUUAGAAUGUUUAGAAUGUUUAGAAUGUUUAGAAUGUUUAGAAUGUUUAGAAUGUUUAGAAUGUUUAGAAUGUUUAGAAUGUUUAGAAUGUUUAGAAUGUUUAGAAUGUUUAGAAUGUUUAGAAUGUUUAGAAUGUUUAGAAUGUUUAGAAUGUUUAAAAUGUUUAGAAUGUUUAGAAUGUUUAGAAUGUUUAGAAUGUUUAGAAUGUUUAGAAUGUUUAGAAUGUUUAGAAUGUUUAGAAUGUUUAGAAUGUUUAGAAUGUUUAGAAUGUUUAGAAUGUUUAGAAUGUUUAGAAUGUUUAGAAUGUUUAGAAUGUUUAGAAUGUUUAGAAUGUUUAGAAUGUUUAGAAUGUUUAGAAUAAUGUAGUUCUAAGAUUGUUGCGCAGAGCUACGAUAGUGCUGCCGUAAUGGCUGGCCAUUUAGAAGGCCUUCAAGCUAAAGUGAAAUAG